UCAUGGGAGAGGUACGGUGGGGGCCUGACUAGGGAUUGUCGCGGAACAGUGACGCCACUGGCUUUCGCGGGAAAAUUUCGAAUAUUCAGACUCAACUGCGCCAGUGACAAACACUGUGAAUCUUGUAUAUGCCCAGGCCAAAAUGAGUGAGUGCUGUAGCAGUUACUGAAGAUUUCCUGGGCCCAGAUAGAUUUUAUCUCCAGCAUAAACAAUGGCAAGUCAAGAAUUUAUUGUAUUAUAUACUCCUCAAAAGAUGAAGAAAUCAAAAGUAUGGCAAGAUGGAAUACUGAAGAUCACUUUUUCAAGAAAUAAUGCAACUUUAUAUGAUGACAAAGGACAGUGCUUGGAGAGGUUUUUUUUGAAGCCACGUGAGGUGAAACCUGGAGAUGAUUUAGAAAGUGACAGAUAUUUAAUCACAGUUGAAGAUGUAAAAAAUGUCGAAAACAUCCCUAGUAAUUCAGAAGUCAGAAUGGAAGUACCAAAAUUGAAUGUGCAAGAAUUGGAACCUUCUAACAAGCCAAAACUGUGCCUACGCAUUGGUUUAAAAAGGAAGUUUACUGGAUUCCAAGGACCACGUCAAGUACCAAAAAAGAUGGCAACCAAAGAAAAUGAUGGAUCAGCAACAUCACUUCUAUCUAAGGAGUCUUGUCCUACCUUUUCUCCUCUGUUCUACUGUACACCUCCAUUGUUUUCUACCACUGGAAAAAAAGAUAGAUCCUUAAUUAUGCCAUUAGAUUUUAACAGUGUUGUUGAUUAUAAGAAUAGCGACACAAAUGAUGUGUCUAUCCCCUUACUUCUCUCUACCACAUCCAUCAAUUCUAAUCAAGAAGGGUUGAGUGAAGAAGAUGAUCAUUCUUUUCUCAAUUCUGUAACUAAGAAAUCAGAUAUCUCAGUGGAAGAAGAUUGUCUGACAAACAGGGGCUCAACCACUUCACAAAAUAUCAGGAGCAAAGAACAGAUUUUAGCACUCCUAAAAUCCAAAUCUACUCCUACUUCGGAAGUUAUAGAAUAUUUUCCUCCUGGACAUUUAACAGAAGAAAUAAAAAACUCUCCUAGGGCACAGUGCAUAAUAGGAAGGGAAGAAGAGAUUACUGAAGUCAACAGCACAAAAAAUAUGUCCCACCAGUAUCAUUUAGAAAAUAAUGCAAACAAAAGAAGCCGCUGGGAUAUUUAUUUACCAAAGAGCUUAUCUACAAGUUUGGAUGUAAGUGAUACCAAAGGAAAAUCUGAGGACCAGGAUGACAAUUUAAAUUUGGAUUUGAAAGGUCCUUUUGAACAAAAGGAGAUGAAUCUCUUUGCAGUAGAUUCUAAAAAGAACGUUGAGUAUAAGACAGAUGAUCAAAUAGAUAAUGAUGACCAAACUACCUAUAAUCAGAAAAUACAUUUUCAAGUAUCUUCAUCCUCUGAAAGUGAGCUGGGAGCAAACUUACCAAUUGUCUAUAGCAAUGAUGAACAUCAUUACUUAUCAGAAUCCAAGACUGAAAUGCUUUUCAAUGAUGAUUAUACAAAGUCUAUAACAGGAUCUCUUUUCACUAAGCAGUAUGUGCAGGAAUUAAAUAAAACUGAAAUACCAGAAAAGGAGAGCCACUUAAAGCUCUCUUUUCAACCAGAAUGGGAAUAUUCACAAAUACAAAGAGAUCCUUCUUGCAUAAGUAAUAAUCUGGAGACAUUGGUUUCUGAAAGUAGAGCUGAAGAUGAAAAUAUCAAAACUAAUAUGGAUUUGAAUAGUAAACCAGAGCCAUUUUUGGAGGUAACUUUCAAUCUGGACAAUUUUGAUAUUAGUGAUACUGAGGAAGAAUCACAAAACAGUAUCUUUCCCUUGGAUUCUGAGCAUUGGCUGAAGAAAAUUUCAUCUGAGAACAAAACAUAUGUUGAAAGGAAAUUUGAGGUUAAGGAUAACAGUCAAGAAGAUGAUAGUGAACAUUUGUCACAUUUGAGAACAGUUAAUUCUAGUCCUCCAGCAAAAUUUCCCAUUAUGAAAACUCCAUCUUCCCAGAUUUGUACUAAAACUUUGUUAGGUUUUGAUAGAAUUGGUAAAGAUAAUGAAGCAUCUUUCCUAUUUAACUCAAAUCUUCCUGAAGUUGAAAACAUUGAAGAAGAAAUGUCAAAUUUUGAAACAUUAAGCAGAGGGAUCAGUUGUGAUUCAUCCUCAAAGCAGACCGAUGAUAUAUUGGUAUGUGGUAGUGGACACUGUAAUGGAUCUGUUCCCCAAACCAAUACUGAUUGUGAUCAUGUCUCACCUCAAAGUAAGUCCAAAAACAUUAAAACAACUUUACAUAUGCUUUCUCUAUCAAGCAUAGGUAUGACUCAGACUUUGGAAACUAAUAUGCAAUUUACUAAAGACAAUGGACACAAUUGUAUUUUAGGAAAUUACUUGCAUGAUGGACCAUUGCCAGUUAAGAAUGAUAGCUCACUACUUUUAAAUACUGGUCAGAAUCAUCAUUCUGAUUCUGAAUGUAACAUAUUUGAUGUAUCAGGCACUCAGACUUCUGAUAACUUUUGGGAAAAAAAGCAACCUAUUUCCAAAGAAGUAGGUGUGUAUGAAUUUGAAGAUACAGGAAGUAUGGAGAGUAUGGAAAGUAAGAUACAAACUAACAAAGAAUGCAGAAAAUAUCAGGACAGUGCUGGAAAUUCCUUUGGACUUUCUGAAUUAGUUAACAGCAUUUCCCUUUUAAGGUCCUUAUCUGAACAUAGUACAGCUUUGGAAAGCUUAGAAAAGUUGAAAGAGAGAAAUCCUGAUAUGAAACGUCAUAGAUUUCAGCUAAUUGACAAGCCAGUUAAAAGCACAGAAGGCAAGAAAUCAUUUUUAGAAGUGUGCUCUUCAUCAGAUUCGCCAGAACCCCCUAAUCUAUAUCAAGAUUCUAUUCAGCAGGCCUCUUCCUUGGAAAAUAAAGAAAGGAAUUCUUUUGUAGCUCUCAUACCUAAGGAAGAAGAGAGGAAGGCCCGUAAACCUAAGCCAGUUGAGUUUCAAGGGCACCGAGUGUCAGGAUCAGCUUCUAGUGAGGUAAUGGUCAGAGAACCCUGCUCCCAGCUAGAGUGGAAUCACUAUCCAGAUAGUGUGGAGUACGAGAGCUUCCCAGCAGGGGCUUGCUUUUUGACACCAAAGUUGCCUAGCAGUUGUAUGAUGACUGAUUUCUUACAGCCUUCAGAUGGGGAAAACUUUUUGGAAGAAGAUCUAAGCUUCAGUGGAGAAGAGGAUUUUCAAGUGGCAACUGACUUUAUUAAGGACUCAAAUGAGAAUAAUAUUUAUUCAGGCAAUACUGUGACAUCUUCUUCUUUGGAUCAUAAUUUAAAGUUAUCAAAUUGGUCUUCAUGGAAAACAAACAUGAUGAUGUCACCAGUGCAAAAGGUCCCAACACAGGGCCCAAGAAAUGAAGACUUUAUGAUAAACUUACCUGAGGAGUCUCUGAAAACAAGAAUCUUAUCUGGAGUGGAAAAGUUCAGUUGUUCAGAAAAAGUCAACAUCCAAAAAUUUCCAUCUAGACAUAGAGUUCGGAUACCACUUAUUACUCUGCCACCUGCUAAAGUACAUUCUUUCUCAGAAAAUUGCUCACAUAGAGUGGACUCUGAAGUCCAGAAGUCCUUUGAGAGCCCCAUCCAUGACUCAUACGAGGAGUCACUUCCUGUCGACUACUUUGGUCCUGAAGACAGGAAUGGGGACACCUCAGUUUCUCAGAAAUCUGGGGAGGUUACCCCUCCAAGGCUUUCACAUUCCUCUCAGGUGCCUACACAAAGCAAGUGGCUGAAAUAUCAAAACAUAUCCCCAGAUGACUCGAAUACUCAAGAUAGAAGAGAUAUAAAAGUGACUAAAAGUUUCUUCACCAUCUCUGCCUCGGGAAUGCGACUUGAUGAUCCAGAACAUCAUCAGAAUAGACUUCCCAAGAAAGGCCCUGAGGAUUCUGUGCAUUUGGAGAUGAUAAAAGGCAUGCUUCAUCAACAACAAUUAGAUUUCUACCACCAGGAUUCUGUUUUCAGAAAGAAAAAAUUAUUUCAGAAUUUAGAUCAAACUUCCCAGACUGAGGAAAUACAAAAAAUGUUCACUCAGACAGCCCACAAUGGCUUCUGGAUAAAAGCAACUACCCAGGAGAUAAAUGCCAGUACAUUGUCAUUUCCUAGUGGAGAAAGAUCCAAAUGUGCCUGUGUUCCCAAAAGAGAAAUUCACAUACCUGCUAUCUUUCAAUCUCCUGCUCAGUACAAACAGGUUUUUACAAACUCUCUGAUAGAACACCUAAACAUAUUGCUGUUUGAGGUGUCCAAAAGGUUACACAAAGCGCUUUCAAAAGUGGACAUAUCUUUUUAUACAUCAACAAAAGCAGAGAAAAAGAAAAGCUUAGGAAACAGUGUUCCAACCUGUCAUCAUCAACAGCCUGCAAAGCUGGUCAUGGUUAAAAAGGAAGGACCAAAUAAGGGUCGUCUCUUUUAUACUUGUGAUGCAUCAAAAGCCAACCAAUGUAAAUUUUUUAAGUGGUUUGAAGAAGUGAGCCCAGCUAAUUUGACACAGGCAGAGUCUGUCCCCAGCACGGUAUUAAAUGACAUAAAGAGUAUUGGAAUAUACUUGAGAUGCCAAAAUAUACCCCUCUAUGAGGAGUGUCAGCUUUUGGUGAGAAAAGGAUUUGAUUUUCAGAAUAAGCAAUAUGGCAAAUUAAAGAAAUUUGCUCAUGCAAAUCCAGAAUUUCACCAUGAAUCUAAAAGCAAACUUUAUCUUAAACUAAGUAGGAGAGAAAGUUCUUCUUCCUAUGGCAAAGAUGACCUUUGGGUAAUUUCAAAAACCCUAGACUUUGAGAUGGAUACUUUCAUUGCGUGUAGUGUUUUUUUUGGACCGUCAUCAUAUAGUGAGGUGGAGCUGUUGCCUCUGAAAGGCUAUUUCCCCUCAAACUGGCCAUCUGACACGGUGGUUCAUGCUUUACUGGUUUGUAAUGCUAGCACAGAGCUGACAAGUAUGAGAAACUUGCAAGAAUACUUCAAUCCAGCCACUCUACCUAUAAUACAGCACCUGUUAACAAGGUCUUCCCAAACUGAACACAACAAUAACAGAAUCAACAAAAGAAAGUUUAUUCCACCAGCCUUCAGUAGGAAUACCAACAAGAACCAUGAACUACUCAACCCAGAAGCAACACUGCAGCUAGCUAAUGAGACAAUUCAAACAUAUAAAUUAAACAUGGAUCAGGCCACAGCUCUUAUUCAGAUAGCUCAGAUGAUGGCAUCACAUGACGAUGGCAGUGACCUUGGGGAGCAACCUACCCUCCCUAUUACAAUCAUACAUGGUGUUUUCGGAGCAGGGAAGAGUUAUUUGCUGGCAACAGUGAUCUUAUUCUUGGUUCAGCUCUUUGAAAAGAGUCCACCUCCUAUGGGGAAAGAUGCAAGGCCAUGGAAAAUUUUGAUUUCUUCUUCCACCAAUGUUGCUGUGGACAGAGUACUUCUUGGACUACUCAGUCUUGGAUUUGAAAAAUUUAUCAGAGUUGGGAGUAUUAGAAAGAUUUCCAAGCCAAUUCUACCUUACAGUUUGCAUGCUGGCUUAGGAAAUGAAAAUGAACAAUUAAAGGAACUACAUGCGCUAAUGAAAGAAGACCUGACACCUGUAGAAAAAAUCUAUGUGAGAAAAAGUAUCGAACAGCAUAAAUUGGGCACCAAUAGAGCUUUGCUGCACCAGGUACAAGUAGUUGGAAUUACGUGUGCAGCCUGCCCAUUUCCAUGCAUGAAUAGUCUUAAAUUUCCUAUUGUCUUAUUGGAUGAAUGCAGUCAGAUGACAGAACCUGCUUCACUCUUGCCCAUUGCAAGGUUUGAUUGUGAAAAGCUGGUUCUUGUUGGAGACCCCAAGCAGCUACCUCCUACUAUUCAGGGUUCCGAAAGUGCUCAUGACAAUGGACUAGAACAAACUCUCUUUGACCGGCUUUGCUUAAUGGGUCACAAAGCAAUUCUGCUGAGGACUCAAUACCGUUGUCACCCUGCUAUUAGUGCUAUAGCAAAUGAUCUCUUCUAUGAGGGAAAUUUAAUAAAUGGCAUUUCAGAAACAGAAAGGAGCCCAUUACUGGAAUGGUUACCAACUCUGUGUUUCUAUAACGUCAAAGGAAUUGAACAGAUUGAAAGGGAUAACAGCUUCCAUAAUGUGGCAGAAGCUGCUUUUACGCUCAAGCUUAUUCAAUCACUGAUUGCAAGCGGAAUAGAAGGAUCCAUGAUUGGGGUGAUAACAUUAUACAAAUCACAGAUGUACAAGCUUUGCACUCUCUUCAGCACUGUGCAUUGUGACCACCCCAGCCUCAAAGUUGUCCAGGUGUCCACUGUCGAUGCCUUUCAGGGUGCAGAGAAGGAGAUCAUCAUCCUGUCCUGUGUGAGGACACGACAAGUUGGAUUCAUUGACUCAGAAAAGAGAAUGAACGUUGCCCUGACCAGAGGGAAAAGACACUUGUUGAUUGUGGGGAAUUUGGACUGUUUGAAGAAGAACAGGCUAUGGGGUCGGGUGAUCCAGCACUGUGAAGGAAGAAAGAAUGGAUUACAACAUUCAAGUCAGUGUGAGCCAGAUCUGAACCUCUUUCUUAAAAGUUAUUUGGAGAAAAAGGCAGAAGAAAAAAGUCAAAAAGAGAAAUCUAAAACCAAACCUUUUCCACAAAAAGACAUGAUGUAAAUAGUCUGUAUGUAAAUUAGAAGGCAUUUUAUAAAAAUUUUUCAUUAUUUAAAAAUUUGAGGUCCAAGAAAUAUUGUUACUCUGCUCUCCUUAUCUUUCCCACACUGCUUGUCAUAGUACCUUUACAUGAGUGGCAAAUGUAAAUAAAUAAGCACAUGUAAAUAAACACAUCAACAAUGGUUUCACCUAAAGAAAUACAAAUUAUUUGCUGUCAGGUAAAUGUGUGUCGGGGUCUGGAAUAGAAUAUAAAAUGCUUUUUGAGGUUUUGAUGUUUCUUAAACCAUGUGGUCUGUCUCAAAAACUAAAAUGUCAGGGGGAAAUGGCAUAGAGUAGGAUCACACAGUUUCUGAAGUAACUGCUUCCAAAGUUGGGGUCCCCCUGAUUACCUGUUAGAUUGAGGCUUCUUUAAAGUCUGUGCACCCCCUGGUUCUUUCAAGGCUGCCUUUGGGAUCUGUAUCAAACCCUUUCACAAUACUUCCCCUGGGGUAACAUAUAGGAAGUUGUUACACAGCUGGUAUUUCAGGAGAUGGGUAAUAUGGGCUAGCAUUUCUCAUUACCCUCAUUGGCAGGUGUAUACCUUAUCCUUCACCAUUAAUCCUAACAAAUUGCUCUAAAAUAUGAAUAAUGAUUUUAAACCAUAGGAUCAUAGAUUUAAUGCUGGAAAAAACCUUAGAGGUCAUUUAAUCCACUCCCCAUUUUAUAGCUGAGAAACAAGACCAAGAAGCCAGAGAGUAGCUAAAACAGAGAUUUACAGCACAAUUCCUGUAGCCCUCCCCACAUUGGCUCUAUUUCUGUCUUUUGGACUUAUUGUGUACAAAAGGACUCACUUGAAAAGGGCUCGGUGUAUUUGUGCCAGUGAUUUCACAUCAAUAGAUAAUAAUUCUGUCCUUGGAGAAGUCUGCGUAGCCUCGGAGCGAGCGCCUCCUCCAUGACCGCACUUUGUGGCUUAGACCCGCCAUCUCCUCCCUCCAAUUUAUGGCCACACUGUUGAUUCACUCACAGUGACCCAGGAUCACCCUUAUGGUGUUUGGGAAAAUACUGAUGUUAGCUUGAUGAAUGUGUAAGGCAGCAGCUUGUCAUCGUUAAGCCUUGCACAACUUCUAAAUGCAACCUGGUCAGCCUGAUCAAUUCUUGGCCCAUUUCACUGUCCAUCCACAGGACUUGUUCAAGAAGCAUAUUUAUUGAUAGGGAGCAGCUAGAUGGCUCAGGGGAUGGAGAGCCAGGCUGGGAGAUGGGAGCGUCUGGCUUCAAAUCUGGCCUUAGACACUGACCCUGGGCAAAUCCCUUAACCCCCUUGCCUAACCUUUACCACUCUUCUGCCUUGGAACCAACACAGUAUGGAUUCUAAGACAGAAGGAAAUGGUUUAAAAAAAAGAUGUGUAUCAAUGGACUAACUCAAUCAGCCACCCCUGUCUAUGUGACAUAAUCCAUGCAAAUAUUCAGGCUUCAUCCACUUGGUUUUUCCUGGUGGAUUGCUAGGUUAAUCUCUUUUGGAUAUCUGUGAAUCUCAUUUAGCAGGUGCUGUGGUGUCCUGAGGCUGGAUGCAAUAAGGAGAAUGUCAUUUACAACAAACAUCAGCCUCUAAUCAACCUCACCCUCCAUUACCGAUUUGUCUCACAUAAGGAUUCGAUACAGAACAUUCUUUAUGAAGUUGGCAAACACCGUAGGCAAGUAUAUCCCUGGCUCAUGCUCUGUGAUCGUGCUGAAAGGAACCUCAACAAAGCUGCCUUGGCAGGUCCACCUGUGGAGGGAUUUUCUGUAAUAGACAGGAGUGAUAGGGCCAUUUUAGGGGUCUUGGGAUUUUUUUUCCCUAAAAAUUGAAAGGGAAUUUUAUCCAUUUCUACUCAUUCUUAUUCCCACCUGUGACAGCAGAUGCUCUCCAAAUAAAUGGGCUUUUGUGUGUGUGUGUUAAAUCAUGUCCUUGGCAGGAAAGGAAAAAAGAGUACUCACUAAAACAGAAAAAAAAACUAAACUCACGUAUCCCAAUGAAAUUUAUUAAAGGAGAUUCUUUCUCACUAAAUAAAGCUUCAAGCAAGCUGACAAUGAGAAUGCAGAUCUUUAAGCCAAUGUCAAAUGAGCUUAUGAGAGCUGCUACUCCAAAGAUGACUUUCCUUCUUAGAUUAAGAAACCCCGGGUCUGACAUAGGCCACCAAUAAUGUUUCACCAAAUGUUUUCUCUUUUAAUUUUUUUUCUUUAAGUUUUAAGUUUUUUCCCAUGGUUACAUGACUCUUGUUGUCUCCCUCCCCUCUUCCCUCCCCCCUCCUGGAGUUGACAAGCUAUUUCCCUGGGUUAUACGUGCAUUAUCACUCAAAUCCUAUUUCCAUAUUAUUCAUUUUUGUAACAGAGUCAUCUACUUCACCAGUUUUCAUUUCUAGCAGCUCUAGGACAGGGAUUGAUGGAGAAGCAGGGCGUUAUCGUGCCUCCAUUCCUUACUUUAGGAUCUUAGACUAUGAAGGAUCAAAGGAGAGAAGAGGAAGAGGAAGAGAGUCUCAGUUACCCCCAUGCUUGAUUGUGUGGAACCUGUCCUGGACCUCAGCUGGCCUCUGAGGAACUUGCUUUCCUAGAAACCAGGACCUCGGUCCCAAGAGGAGGCCGAAGAGCCCGGAAAGGACCACACGGCAGAAAAGAUGCCGGGUUUGUUCAUAGCCUGAAUAUCUGACAACUCUUCACAUCAAUCCAUCAAACGUUCAUUUGUCAAAUCCUUUCCAUGUCACAGAACCUGCUAGAUGUCGGGAAUACAAAAAAAAAUAGUCCUUGUCGCCAAAGACCUUACCUUUUGUCAUGGAAAUGGGACACAUGAGUGCAUAUAGAAUAAGUACAAGGCAAUUAGGGAGGAAGUACAGCUUCAGCUGGGAUCAGGAAAUACUUUGUGCAGAAGACGCGCCUUCACUGCCUUGAAGUAAGAGGCUCCGAGAAGCAGAAGCGAGGAUGGAGAACAGCCCACAAUGGAUUGGCCAUGCAAAGGUAUGGAGAAAGGAUUUGGAGCGCCAUGUGUGAGGAAUAGAGCAAGGACUGGUUUGAUCAGAUUGUAGCGUGUAAUAUAGCCCAAGACUAACGGGGUAGAGUAAGCCACUGCAUAAAGGGAUUUAAAAGUCAAGCAGAGUGUCCUGGCUUCAAAUCUGGCCUCAAGUGCUUCCUGGCUGUGUGACCCUGCACAAGUCACUUAACCCUUAUUACCAACCCCUUAGUGCUCUUCUGUCUUGAAACUGAUGAUUAGAUUAAAUAGAUUCUAAGACAAAAGGAAAAAAAAAGAAAUGAGAAACAUGAUGAGAACAGAUAAUGGAGUUAUGUGAAUUAGGCAGAAUAAGGAUAUUAACAUACUCAAUGACUACAAUGUAAAUGGAAAGAAUAACAACAAAAUUUUCCAAACUAACAGUUUCAAAAUUAUGAUGACCAGGUUUGGCUCAAAUAGGGGAAAUGAAAAAAUACCUCUCGCCUUUGCAGAGAUGGCAGUCCAUACGUGUGGAAUAUGACAUGAUUUUUGUAUGUAAUUCAAACUAUAAUAAUAAAUAAAUAAUAAAAAUC